AUGAGAUUGAAAAAUGACGAUUUAUUACAUGUUAAAAGUUUAUCUUCAGAUAAUUAUAUAAUAUUACCUUUUACACCUUCAGGACCAAAUGAAAAAGAAGUGAGAUUAUAUACAAAAGGUAUUGAAAAUUAUAAAGAUUUAUGUAAUAAUCGUAUUUUUCAUUCACCUUAUCUUGUUAUGAUAAGAAGAGCUACAAAAAAAGAAGUAAAAUUAGAUAGUAUAGAGUUAACUUUUAAUGAUUGUUAUGUAAGUAGAACUGAUAUGUGGCGUCUUAAGCAAUGUCUUAUUGAUCAAUGUGUUAAUUUGAAUCAGUAUUUUGAUUUUAUGAAUAUGUCACUUAGAACAGCAUUUUUGUGGAGAAAAGGAGAAACUAAAACUAGUGGUUUUAUUUCAAAAGAUACAAAAAUUGUAUUUAGAUCAUUGUGUACUCAAGUUUUAAUGUAUAUUCAAAUUAGUGAUGAAAUGUGGCAUAUGGAUCAUCAAGGUGAUUUAUAUUUUGAAAAAUGUGUUAAAGGUUUCAUUCCUGAUUUAUUUAAAAGAUGGCAAGAAGAAAAAUGUGGUCAUCAUGUUAGUAUAAUUGCUGUAACUCGUUAUCAUUAUAAAGAAGAAUAUUUAACAAAAGAAAUUAGACAAAAAUUAAAUAUUAGAUAUGAUUAUUUAAGUAGACCAUACCAAGAUUUUUAUUAUUUACUUGUCCAAAAUGAAUGUUAUAAUGAUUGGAUGACAGUUAUGCCAAAAUUAAAAGCAGCAUUAUAUGAUUUUCGAAUUUCUAUUGUAAAUUAUCAUAAAGUAAAUUUACCAAAAUGUAAAAUAAGUGAAAGCUUUGAUGUGUCAUCUGCAUCAGAUGGUUGUUUUUUAGAAGUAUUAAAUUUAUCAAUGAAUAAUUUUUUUCUUUAUCAUUCAGAUAGAAAAUUUGAAACAACUGGACAACAGGUAAUUUUUGUCACUCCUGGAUGUGGUGUUUUUUAUGUUGAUAAACAAUUAGUUCGAUUUACAAAACAAAGAAUUAUUGAUGCUGGUAUUUCAUUAGAUAUUGUUUGCCUAGGAGAACAACCAUUACAUGCAGUACCACUUUUUGUCUUUCGUGAACAAGGAAAAGAAAGUGAAGAAUAUUUUAUUCCUCAUUGGAUGAAUUAUUCUUACUAUAGAAGAGAAAGAUCAUCAUUGAUUGUAAAUAGUUUUAAACCACGAAUUACAUUUCCUGAAGAUUUAUUUCAAAAAACAAAACCUGGAUUAUUUAUGGAUGUUAAUGAUGAUGAAAUUGAAGAUAUGUAUGAAUAUGAUAAUCAAAAAGAAAAAAGACUUUUUUCCUGUUAUAAAAAUGAAUCAAAAAAUAAUAAUUUGAGAAGAUUACAAGAAGAAAUUAACGUCGAUGACAAGGUAUCAAAAGUUUUAAAUGAUUGUAAAAAUGUAGAAAUAACUGUACCUGAAGAAGUAGCAGAAGUAAUAGGAGUUACUUACGAUGAUUUAUUAUAUCAUGAAUUAGCUGAAGAGGCUAUGGAAGAUGAAAAUUAUAGUGAAGAUGGUGAUGUUGUAUCUGGUGCUGUUUUUUCAAUGGAUGAAGAUCAAAAUGAAUUAUUAGCUAAAAAAAGAAAAAAAAGUUUUGAAAACAAAAGAAUUAGAACAUUUAGUAAUCGAAAAAAUAAGGUCAAUUCAGAAUUUAUACCUGGAAGUUAUGAUUGUCAAAGAACAUUAUAUCGAGAAAAAAUUAAUAUUCAAUCACCUCAGGGAAAAUCACUAGAAACUACUUAUGAUGUAAACAAAAAACGCAAGAAAAUUACAAAUUCUAGAUUUUCGGCAUACAACAAAUUUUUAAUAAAUCCAUUUCGGCUUGAGGCAUCAAUUGUACAGAUAUCUGCUAAUAGACGACGAUGGAUUCAUGUCUUUCCUGUUGAUAAACGUGGUAGAGCUAUGUUAUCUCAUCAUUAUAUUUGUGGUAUUAAUGUUUUGUCAAAGGGUGAAGAAACAGAACUUGAAAAAAUGGAUUUAAAUUCAGGUAGUGAUGGUAAAAAGAAUGUUUGGGCUUGGGGAAGUACAGGAGAAGAAAAAUGGGAUCCAGAUAUGGAAAUUGGUUGUGAUUGGAAAAGUCUAGUUAGACCUGGAUUAUUACCUUUAACAACAGAUUUUUUUCCUGAUGGUCAAAGUUUGACUGCUUAUAGUAGUUCAUGUCAUGUUGUUCCAGUAGAUAGAAAAUUAAUGAUGAAUUGGAUUGAAGAUUCAUUUUUAGAUAGUCUUAAAAAUAUUGAUGGUAAUAAAGAAACAAAAUUACAAAAUCACCUUGAUAAUUUAUUAUUUGAACAAUUAAUUUACCAACGUUUACAAAGAGGAUUUCAAAUUGUUUUAUUACCAAAUUGUAUGAUUGAUAGUGCAUUAACAACAGCAGGUUUUUUAACAGAAUCAGAAGAAGAUCCAAUAAAACAAUGUGCAAUGUCUUUUAGUAAAUUUUAUCAUGUACUACGUUUAUAUAAACAAAAAAUUGUGGUAGAAAAACUUAUACCAACAUCAAUGUGUUGUCCAAAAACACCAUCUUUUAGUGAAGAAAGUAGGGUAAAAACAAAAUAUGGAAUAUUAUCAAGUAUUUCUAAAAAUACAUUGUCUAAGGGUAAAGAAGAAUUAAUUAUUACAAAUCAAUCAGAUACAGAUUGUUCAAAAGAAAUAUAUAAAUAUCUUUUUCAAGUUCCUGAUAUGAAUAGUUAUAUUGCAAGUACAACAACUUUUAAACAUCAUAAUCUUGAUAUUAUAGAAUGGAAAAUACUUGAUUCAAAUUUACAAUCUCGUUUUUGUCCAAGAUUGUAUUUUGAUGAUGAUAAAAUUGAUUUAAAAGCUUGGAGUGCAAGAUUUGUUUUAUUACCUAGUAGUAAAGCAUACAUGAAAAGUGUUAGGGAACAACAAAGGGGUGAUGUUUUUAAAAAAAAUAUGAUAAUUGAUAAACAAUUUGAUGAACAUUUAUUUGAUUUUUCAAUGUUUAUGCAAUUUAUUAAUCCUCUUUCAAGACCUAGUAUAGUAUUUAAAAAUUUAGAAAAACAUCCAAAAAUUAAAAAAGAUAAUUUUAAUGGUGUUAAAAAAUCUUUUUUAGAUUUAAAACAAUUAAAAUAUAAAGAUUUAAUUCUUGAUGGAAUGUUUAUUCUUCUUGAAUUUAUGAUAUUUCUUAAAAGAAGUGUUAUUGGAUUGGAGGAAUGGGUUUUAGUGGAUAAAUAUUUAGAUAAAUUAAUUCAGGAAAAUUUAAUUAAAAUUGCAGUACCAGAUCCAAAAAAUGAUCAAAGAAAAUUUCGGGGAUUUAUAUAUUAUUAUUUUCCUGAUAUUUUACCUAAAGAAACUUUAGAAUAUUUUAGAGAAAUUUGUCCUAAAUCUUAUUUAGCAGAAUGUGAAGUAAUAUUAGAAACAGAAAAAAUUAUUAAUCGUGAAAGUACGAUGAAGAAUCGUGAUAAUUAUAGAAUAGAAAUUUGUCCAUCUAAAACAUUUAAAACCACAUAUGGUUUUCUAGGAUAUAAAGAAUGUGCAUUAGGUGUAUAUGAUAAAGUAUUUUAUAUUGGUAAAGGAUAUGAAUUACAACUUCGUUGGAUGAUAAGUACAGCAAGUAAUAUUAUUGCAAUAGUUAAAAAAUGGGUUCAUAAAGCAGAUCAUUAUGGAUUACAUAUUGUACCAAUUCCUGAAGAUUUAUUUGCAUUAGCUACAAAUGUAGCUUCUUCUCCAUUACGUGCACCAAUACCAAUACGUUUUGAAUAUCCUGGUUUAUCAAUAGAAAAUAAAAAAAUUGUUGCAAAUAAAAUUUUAGAAUUAUUUGGAUUUCUUCCAUUUAAAUAUAGUGAAUCAAAUAAAACUAUUCAAUAUGUUCAUAUUACAGGAGGAAUGUUUUGUAUGUAUCAAGAAUAUCAAGAAACUUUUCAAUGGUCAUGGAAUCAUAUGUUUAGUGAUCGUUCUCAAACAUUUAAAGCGGAGUGUACAGAAAAAUUUCAAGACAUUAUGUUAAGUGAUUUUAAAAAUUUUUUUUACUCCAAAGACGAUAAAAGAUUAUCAUAUUUAAUAGAAUCAUUAUAA